GAAUUCACAUCAAAAAUAAAAUCAUUGAUUGUAUUGCAAAAAGUCAUUCAAAAUAUUAAUAUCUAAAAUAAAAAUCAUUAAAAUAUUUCAUUCAUUUUAAAACAAAUCAUUACUUUUGUUGCAAAUAAAAUAAUAAGACAUUAAUUACUUUAAGAGAUCCCCAAACAAAAUGUCACAACAACAACAACCCGAAGCCGACAUUGCACUCAUCGGUCUGGCAGUGAUGGGCCAGAACUUGAUCCUCAAUAUGGCUGACCACGGAUUUACGGUCUGCGCCUAUAACAGAACCACCGAAAAGGUUGACCAGUUUUUGGCCAACGAAGCCAAAGGCAAGUCUGUGGUCGGUGCACACAGUAUUAAGGAAAUGGUUGGCAAACUGAAACGUCCCCGACGUGUGAUAUUGUUGGUCAAAGCUGGUCAAGCGGUCGACGACUUUAUCAAACAACUGGUACCCUAUCUGGAACGCGGCGACAUUAUCAUCGACGGCGGCAAUUCCGAGUAUAAGGACACUCAACGUCGGUGUAAGGAACUCGAUGGCCAGGGAUUGUUGUUUGUCGGUUCGGGUGUUAGCGGUGGCGAAGAGGGUGCCCGCUAUGGACCGUCGCUGAUGCCCGGCGGACACAGCGAGGCCUGGCCACACAUUAAGCCGAUCUUCCAGAAGAUUGCGGCCAAAGCUGACGGUGAACCGUGUUGUGAUUGGGUCGGUGAAGACGGUGCCGGCCAUUUUGUCAAAAUGGUACACAACGGCAUCGAAUACGGCGAUAUGCAACUGAUUUGCGAAGCCUAUCACCUGUUGAAAGAUGUCCUCAAAUUGAGUCACACGGAAAUGGCCGAUAUAUUUACCGAAUGGAAUAAAACCGAAUUGGAUUCGUUUCUGAUUGAAAUUACAAGAGAUAUAUUGAACUAUAAGGACUCGGAUGGUAAGGCAUUGGUCGAAAAGAUUAGGGAUUCUGCCGGACAGAAAGGAACCGGUAAGUGGACAGCAAUUUCGGCAUUGGAUUACGGAGUUCCUGUUACACUAAUCGGCGAAUCAGUGUUUGCCCGAUGUUUAUCAUCGCUUAAAGAGGAGAGACUGGAGGCCAGUAAAGUACUUAAAGGACCCGACGGUGUAUUCAAUGGCGAUCGGAAACAAUUUAUCGAAGAUAUUAGAAAAGCACUGUAUGCGUCAAAAAUCGUAUCCUACGCCCAGGGAUUUAUGCUAUUGAGAGAAGCGGCCCAACAGUUCAACUGGAACCUGAACUACGGCGGUAUAGCAUUGAUGUGGAGGGGCGGCUGUAUUAUACGAUCGGUAUUUUUGGGUAACAUUAAGACGGCGUUCACGAAAAACCCGAAACUCAACAAUCUAUUGUUGGACGAGUUUUUUCUGGGAGAGGUUAGCAAAUGUCAACAAUCGUGGCGCCGUACACUGGCCGAGGCCAUCCAAUUGGGUAUACCGACACCGUGUUUCAGUACAGCGCUAGCCUUUUUCGACGGCUAUCGUACUGGCCAAUUGCCGGCCAAUUUGAUUCAGGCACAGCGCGACUAUUUCGGUGCCCAUACCUACGAAUUGUUGGCCAGUCCGGGCAAAUGGAUACAUACCAAUUGGACGGGAAAGGGUGGCAAUGUUUCGGCGUCCAGUUAUAAUGCUUAGGAGAUUUCUAACACCCGAUAGAUAUCUAAUAAUAAUAAUACUGUCCAUCAUUAUAGCCUAUAUAUCCUAAAUUUUUUUUUGUACUGUACCUGUAUAUCGAUAAUAUAAUUUUUUUUAAAAAUAAUUUUAUAUAUAUAUA